AGCUUUCAAUGCAUCCUUUUUCACACUUUUCAACCAUAUCGAAUCCCUUCUCCCAUCUAUUUAAAGUCUCUCUCUCUCUCACUCUCUCCUACGAAAGAAAAAACAGAGCCAAGAGUCAAUGAAAAGAAAUCCCAUGAUUUCUCUUUCUUAUAUGACUGAAUUUUGAUCUGAAUCUUGCAAAUCUUUUGAUUUGGGUUUCUUGGUCUUGAUCAUUUGGAGCUGAAGAUAGUGUUUUUUUUUCUCUGGUUGUUAGCUCUGUUCCUCCAUGUUUAGAUGCAGCAGUUGAAAAUCAAAUCACCCGUUCUUUUGCUGUUGAACUAGCCAUGUCUGAGAUAGCUGGAGCUAACGGAAAUCACGAAAAGUCGAUGGAAGAAGGAGUUGUUGGGAAUUCAAAAGAGGGCAGCGAGGAUGUUCGUAUGGGAAAUGGUGAUUCGUCUACAGCUGAUUUGAAAAGAAACAGAGGAACCAGCUUUCCGCUCUCUAUAUCUUUCAUGCAGAAGUUAAUUGCAGAAGUAAUCGGGACGUAUUUUGUGAUAUUCGCUGGUUGUGCAUCGGUGGUGGUUAAUCUUAGCAAAGGUUCAGUGACAUUUCCUGGGAUUUGCAUCGUGUGGGGACUCGUCGUCAUGGUCAUGGUCUAUUCGGUGGGCCAUAUCUCUGGCGCCCAUUUCAAUCCAGCCGUUACCAUUGCCUUCGCCACCUGCAGAAGAUUUCCAUGGAAACAGGUCCCAGCUUACAUAUCAGCUCAGGUGUUGGGUUCGACGCUUGCCAGCGGAACGCUUCGGUUAUUAUUCGGUGGAAAGCGGGAGCAUUUUCCAGGAACGAUUCCGGCAGGAUCAGACCUUCAAUCUCUCGUUCUUGAAUUCAUCAUCUCCUUCUACCUCAUGUUUGUAAUCUCCGGCGUGGCCACCGAUAACCGAGCUAUUGGAGAACUUGCAGGACUUGCUGUCGGCGCCACGGUUCUGUUAAACGUGCUUUUUGCUGGGCCUAUUUCAGGGGCAUCCAUGAACCCUGCAAGGAGCUUGGGUCCAGCGAUCGUAGCCAACCGUUAUGAGGGCAUAUGGGUCUACAUUGUGGGGCCCAUCUGCGGGACGGUGUUGGGUGCGUGGGCAUAUAACCUCAUCCGCUUCACCAACAAGCCUCUGCGUGAGAUCACCAAGAGCGGUUCUUUCUUGAAAAGUACAAGGACAAAUGGCUCCAACUGAAUUUAAAAUACAUAUUGAUUGGAAAACUCCAUCUAACACCACCUAUUCUCAUAAUACAUCCCUCUUUCUCUUCUUCAUACAUCUCUCUCUAACCAAUCUCUAUGUGGGGCUGUGGAUAUUAAAAAAAAGGGGUGUAGAUUGUAGUAUGUUGUAAUGAAGGGAAAUCUUCCGUGUAAUGUGGCGGGUCUUUCUGAUUAAAAAUGCUUUCUUCUGUUGCA